UUCCACGAUACCAAACAUUAUUCCUGAUUCCUCCAUCUCCAAGUUACCGCUCCCGACCAAGAUAUCCAACUUCAUUUUCUACUGUAAACCCUAACCCUAGCCCUAGAUCCAAUUCUCUUCGAUCUCCACACCAUCUACCAGCUUCAUGACCCCCACACCAUGAACAACAACCUUUCACCUCAAUCACCCUUCACCACCACCGAUCACACCUUCUCCCCUCCGCCUUCCCCCUCCGGCGACGAAAUCACUGAACAAACAUGGUACGGCAACAUCCAGUACCUCCUCAACAUCUCCGCCAUCGGCACCAUCACCUGCCUCCUCAUCUUCCUCUUCGUCAAGCUCCGCAGCGACCACCGCCGCAUGCCCGGCCCCACCGCCAUCGUUUCAAAGCUUCUCGCCGUCUGGCACGCCACCGGCCGCGAGAUCGCCCGCCACUGCGGCGCAGAUGCUGCUCAAUUUCUUCUAAUUGAAGGAGGUAGUUUUGUACUUGUUGUUUUGAUUGCGGUUAUUUCUGUUACUGUUUUGUUACCAUUGAAUUUGUAUGGUGGAAGUGUGGCUAUGGUGGAUCAGUUUUCCAUGACUACUAUUAGUCAUAUCGGUAAAGGUUCGAAGCUGCUUUGGAUUCAUUUUGUGUUUGUUGUGUUUGUGGUUGUGUUGGUGCAUUAUGGGAUUAAUGAGAUUGAAGGGAGGUUGAGGAUAACUAGGUUUAGAGAUGGGUAUGGGAACCCUAGUGAUCCGAGUAGUGCGAAUUCCUCGGCUGUGUUUAGUUUAAUGAUACAAGGGAUUCCGAAAAGUAUAGGGCCCGAACGGGAUGCGUUAGUGGAGUAUAUUCGGGAUAAGUAUCCGGGGAAGGUUUAUAAGGUUGUUAUUCCGAUGGAUUUAUGUGCGUUGGAUGAUUUGGUUACGGAUUUGGUUAAGGUUAGGGAGGAUGUUACGAAGCUGGUUAAGAAGAUGGAAUCGCGUGCGUUGGUUUAUGAGGAUAUGAAUUAUGGGAUUUUGGUUGAUUUUCAUGAAGGGUUUCACGGAAAGUUGCUUGCAUUAUGGCAGGGGUUGAAGGAUUUGUGGAGGCGAGUUAAGGAGGAGUUAGGGUUUUCGGAUGAUGAAAAGUUGAGACGGUUGCAAGAGCGUAGAGCUGAUUUGGAAAUGGAAAUGGCGGCUUAUAAGGACGGAAGAGCGAAGGGUGCUGGAGUUGCGUUUGUGGUGUUUAAAGAUGUUUACACUGCGAAUAAAGCGCUUCAAGAUUUUCGUAACGAGAAGAAGAAACGGAUAGGGAAGUUCUUCUCGGUAAUGGAGUUGCAGCUUCAGAGGAACCAUUGGAAAGUUGAAAGGGCGCCGUUAGCUACUGAUAUUUAUUGGAACCAUGUAGGAUCAACAAAAUUAUCGUUGAAGCUUAGAAGAGUGUUUGUGAACACAUGCCUGUUGUUACUGCUUCUGUUUUGUAGUUCUCCGCUUGCUGUAAUUAGUGCUCUCCAGAGUGCGGGGAGGAUAAUUAACGCAGAAGCGAUGGAUAACGCUCAAUCAUGGUUAACGUGGCUACAAAGCUCAAGCUGGUUAGCAACUAUAAUAUUCCAGUUUCUCCCCAAUGUUCUUAUUUUUGUAAGCAUGUAUAUAAUCGUUCCUUCGGCUCUUUCGUAUCUUUCAAAGUUCGAACGACACUUGACGGUUUCCGGUGAGCAAAGGGCUGCGCUUUUGAAGAUGGUAUGCUUCUUUCUGGUAAACUUAAUUCUUUUAAGGGGCAUGGUUGAAUCAUCGCUAGAAAGUGCAAUCUUGAAAAUGGGUAGGUGUUAUUUGGACGGUGAAGAUUGUAAAAGAAUCGAACAAUACAUGAGUGCUUCUUUCUUGUCAAGAUCAUGCCUUUCAUCUGUGGCGUUUCUCAUCACAAGCACGUUUUUAGGGAUUUCUUUCGAUUUGUUGGCACCGAUACCAUGGAUCAAGAAAAAGCUUAAGAAGUUUAGAAAAAACGAUAUGCUGCAACUUGUACCCGAACGAGAAGAGUAUGCUCUUGAAGAGAAUCAAGAAACCGAAGGCCUCGAGAGACCACUAAUCUCUGCAGAUAACUCUGAUUUACAUGAACAAGAUCUUUCUGAAUACCCCAUUAGCUGGACCUCACCCGUGCCCAAACAAGCGUUUGACUUUGCACAAUAUUACGCGUUCAAUCUGACAAUAUUUGCGUUGACUUUGAUUUAUUCGUCAUUCUCCCCACUUAUCGUCCCUGUGGGUGCAAUCUAUUUCGGGUAUAGGUAUGUGGUUGACAAGUACAAUUUUUUAUUCGUGUACAGAGUGCGGGGGUUUCCAGCUGGAAACGAUGGGCGGUUAAUGGAUACGGUGUUGUUGAUUAUGAGGAUAUGUGUUGAUUUGUUCUUGGUCGCGAUGACUCUUUUCUUUUCGGUGAGAGGGGAUUCCACGAAGCUGCAAGCGAUAUUGACGGUUGCGGUGUUAGUAGUUUAUAAGCUUUUGCCUUGUGAGAAUGAUGGGUUUCAACCAGCAUUAUUGCAGAGCAUACAAAGUGUUGAGAAUGUUGUAGAUGGGCCUGUGGAUUAUGAGGUUUUAUCUGAACCAAAGUUUGAAUGGGAUACAUAUUAUUCAUGAAUCUUGAUUUCUUCUUCAAUUCUAGAACUGAGAUGUACAGAUAUAUUUGCUUGUGUAUCAGAAGCUUCUUUACUUUUGUGUUCUAGUAAUGCAGUAAAACCUUUUUUUUCUUCUCAAUAAA